AUGAAUAAUAAAAGUAAUAAAGUGUUGAAUAUAAGUAAAACAUUUGGUGUUGGAUCAUCAAGAUACAUAUCAUGUAUACCAUUCAAUUUUAAAACACAAAUGAUUCAAGAAUCAGUAUUGAAUUCUAGCAAUACUACUAAUAAUACUAAUAAUAAUUAUAACAAAGAAUCAGAUUACUUAUUAACAGUACCAAUUGGAGGUGGUAUUGUUCAUUGGAAUGUAAAAACCAAAAAGAGAAUGAAUGAAUCACCAAACAUCUAUAAACAAUUACAUUCAGAUAUUAUUACAUGUUUAAUUAGAGUCAAUCCAAUUCAAUCAUCAAUAGAUAAACAAAAGAAUAAAAAUGAAUGGUUUAAUAAAUACUUUCACAUAAGUUCAAGUUAUUGUGGUGAAAUUGGUAUUUGGGAUAAUGAUUGGAAUCAAAUAUCAUUAUUUCAAAUACCUUCAUUUAAUGAUUCCAUCGAUUCUAAUAAUAACCAACAACAACAUCAACAACAACAACAACAACAACAACAACAACAACAACAACAACAACAACAACAACAACAACAACAACAACAACAACAACAACAACAACAACAACAACAACAACAACAUAAUGAAAUAAUAAAUAAUAAAAUUAUGCAUAUAUCAUUUGAUGAAUCUUAUGAAACAUUCCCAAUUGUUAGAUUAGCAGUUUCAAAUGAACAUGGUAAUUGCAAAACUACAAUAUUAAAAUUUGAUUUUUCAAAUUAUUUAAUUGAUGAGAAUAAUAAUGAAAAUAAUAAUAAUAAUAAUAGUAAUAGUAAUGAUGAUGAUAAUAAUAAUAAAUUAAAAAUUAGUAUAGAAUAUGAAAUUUCAAAUAAAUUAUAUUUCUUUGCAGAGAUGGUAGAUUCUGAACAUUUUAUAGUUGUACAACAAGAUGUUGGUAAACAAGGAUUUCAACAAGAUAGAACUAUGAAAAUUGGUGAAAAUCUAUUAAACAUUUUAAAGAUAUCAAGUAUAACAGGUGAAAUAGUUGGUGAAAUUAAAAAUUCAUUUGGUCAAGAGUGUACUAUAUUAAUAAAGAAUCAAAACUAUUAUAACAAUAAUAAUAAUAAUAAUAAUAAUAAUAAUAAUAAUAAUAAUAAUAAUAAUAAUAAUAAUAAUAAUAAUAAUAAUAAUAAUAAUAACAAUAAUAAUAAUGGUAUUAAUAAUAGUAAUAAUAAACAAUUAAUAAUAUCAAGAGGUAGAUUAUUACAAAUUAUUGAUACAAAUAGUACAACUAUUAUUAAAAAUAUUAAAUGUGAAGGAUCAGGUUUAAUGAAAGAUAUAUUAUUUUAUGAAAAUUUAAUUUUAGUACCAUGUAGUAAUAGUGACCUAUUAUUAUAUUCAAUAGAUAUUGAAAAUAAAGAUGAUGAUGGUGGUAGUGGUGGUGGUGGUAAAUUAAUAUCAAAAUAUAAAUCAAGUAAUAGUCAUGGUGAAGUUUAUUCAUUAAAAUGGUCAAUUCCAGGUAAAAGGUUAUGGUUAUUCGAUGAAUCUGGUAUUCAUUCAAUUUAUUUAAAAAAUACAACUGAUAUCAAUAGUCAAUUAAAUGAAGAUUAUCAAUUAAAUGAAAUAGAUAAAUCAAAUUAUUGUUUACUUUAUCAUCAAAUAACAUGUUGUGGUAUUGAUUUCAAUGAAAGUGGUGAUAAAGUUGCAUGUGGUGACUUUUUAGGUAACAUUAUGAUUUGGAAUAUAUCCGACGACGAUGAUGAUGAUGACGAUGGCGGAAGUGAUUCACCAUUAAAUCAAUAUUGUUUUGGUAUACCAAUUAGAUCAAUUUCAUGGGGUAAAAAUGAAUUAAUCUUAAUUGGUCUAUUAGAUGGUUCAUUAAUGUAUUGGGAUUUAAUAAAUGAUCCAAUAUUAAUAGAUUCUUUAAAUGAUGGUAUAACUUGUAUUCAAUGGGAAAAGAAAAACAAUAAUAAUAAUAAUAAUAACAAUAGUAAUUUGGUUGCAGUUGGUACUACUGGUGGUAAUUUAUAUGUAUUUAAAAAGAAUGAUGAUGAUAUUAGUUCUAAUGAAAAAUUCAAAUUAGAAUGGAAUUAUAAAGCUCAUCAACCAGUUGUUGGACCUCAAGAUUUAAAGUUUGGUUCAAUAAAUAAAUUUGCUGAAAUUUGGUCAUUAACAUUUCAUCCAACUGAUAAUAGAUUUAUUGCAACAUGUUCAGAGGAUCAAACAACUGUAAUUUGGAAUAGAAUCACUGGUGAAAAGGUUAAAACUUUAAUUGGUCAUACAACUGCUGUCACUUGUGUUGAUUGGUUGACUUACAAUAAUGAAAAUGAUAAUGAAAAAGUUUACACAAUUUUAGCAACAUGUGCAGAUGAUCAAACUAUUAGAAUUUGGAAUACUGAUAUUUGGGAAGAAAUACUUGUUCUAAAUACAAAUGAUAUUGGUGAAUGGCAUACAGUUACUUAUAUAUCUUUAAUUGUACCAUCAUCAUCAUCAUCAUCAUCAUCAUCAUCAUCUUUAUCUGCUACUUCCUCCUCAUCACCAUUAGUUGUUUGCGCAACUCAAAAUGGUUGGGUAUUCGUUUGGGAUAUUAAAAGUGGUUCAAAAGUUUAUUCAAAAAGAGUUCAUCUUGGUUCAAUUGAAGGAUUACGUUGGAAUAAAUUUUCAAAUAAAGUUAUCUCUUGUUCAAGUGAUUGUUUAAUUCAUGUAUAUGAUGUAAAUAAUUAA